AUGAAAGAAGGACGGCAGAGAAAAGCCGGCGGCACUUCGCUGAAUUCGCCAACUCAAACAAAAUCGUCUGUUCUUACUCCCCUUUGCACACAUGUUACCGCUGUUCUCGUUAAAAAAACAAACAGCAUUGAAAAGGUGAAAUCAUUCUUAUUUAUUCUCUUGGCUGACUUCAGUUUGUCUUUACCUCUUUACUACGUUCGCAGUGACGCUCGACCGCACUCACAAACUAACACACAACCGCGGCCAGUUUUUCCUUGCACUAAACGAUGUGGAAAACGACUAUUUAUCAUUUCCCUCUCGUUCGACAUACUCUUUUCUUUCACACUUUUUUGUUUUUCUCUGUUUUUCCUUUGUUUUUCUUUUCCUCCACUAUGUUCUUCUCUCUCUCUCCUUCUCCUUCUCUCUCUCUCCUUCUCCUUCUCUCUCUCUCCUUCUCCUUCUCUCUCUCUCCUUCUCCUUCUCUCUCUCUCCUUCUCCUUCUCUCUCCUUCUCCUUCUCUCUCUCUCCUUCUCCUUCUCUCUCCUUCCUUCCUUCUCUCUCCUUCUCCUUCUCUCUCUCUCCUUCUCUCUCUCUCUCCUUACAUUGCAACCUCCACUAGCUUUAAAACCUUUUUCACUUUUUUUUUGUAGCCCCCACCUCCUUUUACCACCUCUCUUUUCAUUUCCAUUUUUAUUCAUUCUUUCUUUUUCCCUCUUACAUAAACCUUCGUUGUUUUUCUGCAUUUACGCUUUCCUCCUCUUCUGCUCUUCUUUCGAAUUUUAUCUUUGCCGCUCUUUCUUCUUCAUUUCCAUUCCCCCCCCCUCUCUCAAAAUAUUUACGCCUUGA